AUGACUCUGGCUCCGUCAAAGCGAGUCACUGUCCAGGCCUGGACCCUGGUCGACAGUUACAAUUAUAUUCGUCUUUGCAAGCGUCGCUAUUCCUCAAAUACGCAGACCCCAGACUCAACGCGGACCACAAAACGACGCGAGUUUCACGACUACUUCGUUACGCAUCUUCCCUCAUCUUCCCUCCAUCCAGACCCAAGAGGCCCUCUGACAUCGUUUCACAAACUCCCCCGUUCGGCAUCAGUCCCGCAUACUGGAGAAUCCACAAACUCGCCAGUAUCUUUUCAAGCCCUAACCGGCCGCGAGACAACGGUUGUUCGGAUUCCGCUACGCAGCGCAAAACAUCAUUUCGGAGCCGCAACGUCUCGGGGAACUCGACCGUCCAAUGAAGAUACCUACCAAGCCGGAGUAAUCGACAUUCCUGCAUUCGCGAAGCGGCCUCCAGCCUCUCAUACUAUUAGAGACCGCGCCGCGCGGGACGUUGCGCUUCGGGAAAAUAGAGGCGCGGACAGUGCGAGCGGAGAUCCUCAAGUGUUCUAUUUUGGUAUCUUCGAUGGCCAUGGCGGGUCAGAGUGCAGUACAUUCUUGAAAGAAACGCUCCACGAGUAUAUCCAAGACACCGCUGCCGAAUUCGAGCUUCAGUCGAGUUUGAGAAAGGGCGGGGAGGGCUCGUCUAAGGAUGAGGCUGGAGGUGAUUUGCCAGUUCGACAGGGCAGCAACGCCUCAAGAGUUCAGAGGUCAGAAAAAACUCUGGUACAGAGUUGGAGAAAUCUCGUUGGAGGAUAUUUUAGGAGAUUUGUCCCGCCCAAUUUUUCACACCUUGCCAAUCGACCCGCAGAGGGCGAGGCACCACCAACGCCAAACAUCGACGAAAAAGUCACGAUUGAGGAGAUUCUUGAGUAUGCUUUCUUGCGCGCGGAUCUGGAUUUUGUCUCCGCCCAGGCUUCAAGGGAAGAUGAUGAGUUGACCAAUGUCUGCCGGCCUCUCUAUCAAGACGAUAUUCUAUAUGGGCCGAGUCGCUCCAAGUCCUUGAACAUCGCCGGUCUGAGACGGUUCAAGGGUGGAAGCACAGCCAGCACUGUGCUCAUUUCUACGCCCACACCUGCGCCUUUUUGGCACCCAGCAAGCCCGUCUAGCUUACUGGUAUCGCAUGUAGGUGAUACCAGGAUAGUGUUGUGCUCCACAGUUACUGGCGAGGCCAUUCCGCUUACGUCUAAUCACCAUCCAUCCUCCCCAAUUGAAGCCAACCGCCUACGGCGAUAUGCAGCUACCUUUGUCACCGAUUCUUUUGGCGAGGAGCGCAUUAGCGGGCUAGCCAACACCCGCGCAUUUGGGGAUGUACAAUCCAAACGAAUUGGAGUGUCGGCUGAACCUGAGCUGCGCCGAUUUGAGCUAGCGCCCGCCGAGUACUCGUUCCUGGUCCUGAUGUCGGACGGCAUUAGCGAUGCGCUCACUGACCAGGAGGUUGUGGAUAUCGUUAAGGAAGCGAAGACUCCAGACGAAGGGUCUCGACAUGUUGUGAACUUCGCUACUGAGGUAACCAGAACAGGUGACAAUGCCACCUGCCUCGUCGUGCGACUCGGUGGCUGGGAGCGACGUCUCGAAGGGGGGUUAGGAAGUUUGGGAACAAAAGAAUCUCGUGAGUUCCGUCGGCAAGAGGCUACAGAUCCGCGCAGGUCACGGAGAUGA